AUGCAAGAAGAUAGAGAGAGCGAUGUAGAAAAUGAUACACCCUUUAUUAUUAACUCUGGAGACGAAAGGACUGAUCACCCUCGAGUUGUGGAGUUAUUAAGAAAGCCUUAUGAUUCGGUUGAAAUGAAUUUGAUAGAGGCAUCUAAGUUAGAUAAAUUACGAAAGAUACAACAUCGUUUAAAUCUGCAGCGCGAGGAUCGCAUCCCCGCCCCGGACAGCCGUACAAAAAUAUACACACGACGAAGACGCGCGAACAACGAGCGACAUAGACAACAACACAAGAGGCUCGCGACGGAAUGUUGCAACUCCCUCACUCCCACGGCGCGGCCGCGCUCACAGCGGGCCGCGGCCGACACACUCUCACGAUCACUAGGUAUUAAAGCUUCAAUUAAGAUUCGUCUCGCUGCCACCGCCUCGGCUGGAGGCGCCUCCUCGUGA